AAACGGCACGAAUUUUCUUUACGGGACUCGAGGUAUCCUUGCACUUUUGUUUUAAGCGAAACAGAAAAGCAGAGAAUUCGACCGACACGAGAGGUGAUGUCAAAAUAAAACUCAAGCCUCCACUUUACUCUUUCUCAUGUCAACAACAAACCAUUCACAGAAAUGAAGUAUCUAAGCUCCUAUUUUACUUUCGCUACUACCAUUGUUCUUUUAUUUUCAUUUGAUCCUUCUUCAGCAGAUUCUCACGAAAAGUUUGUUCAAUGCCUUUACAAUUAUCCCUAUGUCACCAACUCAAUCUCCAGUGUUGUUUACACCCAAACCAACUCUUUAUACUCCUCUGUCCUAGAUGUUUCAAUUCAAAAUCUUAGGUUCUUCAACGCAACCUCAAAACCAGUUGUCAUUGUGACUCCACUGGACGUUUCCCACAUUCAAGCCACCAUAAUCUGCUCCCAACGCCAUGGCCUGCAGAUUCGAAUCCGAAGCGGAGGUCAUGAUUACGAGGGUCUCUCCUACGUUGCUGAGGUUCCAUUUGUCGUCGUUGACCUCAUAAACCUUCGAGGAAUCGAAGUUGACGUAGAAAACAGCACUGUAUGGGUUCAGGCUGGGGCGACCGUCGGUGAACUUUACUACAGGAUUAGUCAGAGAAGUAAUACACUAGCGUUCCCAGCAGGUAUCUGCCCCACUGUGGGCGUUGGUGGCCACUUAAGCGGUGGUGGCUAUGGAUUCUUGAUGCGAAAAUACGGUCUUUCUGCUGAUAAUGUAAUUGAUGCUCUUAUUGUUGAUGUCAAUGGUAAUCUCCUUGAUAAAGAAACAAUGGGCGAGGAUCUAUUUUGGGCCAUUAGAGGUGGUGGUGGAGCAAGCUUUGGAGUCAUCGUAGCUUGGAAGAUAAGACUGGUUUCAGUUCCAUCUACUGUCACAGUGUUCCAAGUUGCAAGGACGUUGGAAGAAAAUGCGACGGGGAUUAUUCAUAAGUGGCAACGUGUGGCAAACAAUCUUAACAAGAACCUAACCAUUAGGAUCAACUUUUGGAGGUUAAAUUCAAGUAAAAAUGGGAAUCUAACUGUACAAGCGCAGUUUGAAUCCUUGUAUCUGGGACCUGCAGAUGACCUCAUUCCCUUGGUGCAAAAGAGGCUUCCAGAGUUGGGUUUGUUGAGAGAAGAGUGCAUUGAGAUGAGUUGGAUAGAAUCAAUUCUCUUCAUGGCUGGAUUCACAAACGGUGAAUCCACCGAUGUUUUGCUGAACAGAACACAGCUAAACGGUUUGUCGUUUUUCAAAGCAAAAUCUGAUUAUGUGAGAGAUCCCAUUCCAGACGUUGGGUUAGAAGGAUUAUGGCCUUUUUUUUAUGAAGAUGAGGCUGAACAUGGUUACGUUCAAUUCACUCCUUAUGGAGGCAGGAUGGAUGAGAUUUCAGAAUCGGAAACUCCAAUUCCACACAGAUCUGGCUACAUAUUCCACAUUCAGUACGGGGUGAAUUGGCAAGAAAAAGGGGAUGCGGCAGAACAGAGGCACCUCAACUGGAUUAGAAGAAUGUACAAUUAUACGGAGCCUUAUGUUUCAAAGUCUCCAAGAAGUGCAUAUCUGAAUUAUAGAGACCUUGACAUUGGGAUUAACAACAAUGGUUACACAAGCUUCAGCCAAGCCAGCAUUUGGGGCACUAAGUAUUUCGGUAACAAUUUUAAUAGAUUGGCACGCGUGAAGACCAGAGUUGACCCUCGAAACUUCUUCAGAAACGAACAAAGCAUACCUUCUCUUGUCGGUUUAUUUACAAGAAUGGUGCAGAUUUAUGGAGAAUUUACAAAAUUAGGUAAUUUUUUAAAAAGUUAUUUAUAUUGGUAAGUUCUUGUCAGAAGCGCGACUUUAAAAUGGAAAAUGAUAUUAAGAGUAGUUAAGAUGGGGAAAAAGAAAAAGUGAUAUUAAUGUAAAGACAGUACACAUUUGAGUGUGAUAGUAUAUGUCUUCCUUGUUUCUUUUUGCAAGCAAAUUACUACCUGUCA